AUGAACUCCCUCACCACAAAAAAAUCUCUUUUCCCACUCCACACACUGCUAGCCCUGGCCCUCUUUCUGGCCACCGGGGCCCAAUGGGCCUCGGCCCAGAACUGCGGGUGCGCCACCGGCCUGUGCUGCAGUAAGUUUGGCUACUGCGGCACAGGCGACGCGUACUGUGGCGAAUGGUGCCAGCAGGGCAAGUGUUACAACAACAAUAAUAACAACCCGCAGUCUUCAGACGACUCCAAGCGCGAGAUUGCCGCGUUUUUUGCGCACGUCACGCAUGAGACUGGCCAUUUUUGCUAUAUAGAGGAGAUAGGCGGGGCAUCCCGGGACUAUUGCGACGAAACCAACACGGCGUACCCAUGCGUGUCGGGUAAGGGAUACUACGGUCGGGGCCCGUUACAGUUGUCGUGGAACUUCAACUACGGGCCGGCGGGCCAGAGCAUUGGGUUCAACGGGCUGAACGACCCUGACGUUGUAGGUAAAGACCCGGUUAUAGCAUUCAAGACGGCGCUGUGGUUCUGGAUGAACAACUGCCACAAGAAGAUCGUGUCCGAGGGCUUUGGGUCCACGAUUCGGGCCAUUAACAGCAUGGAGUGCAACGGGGGGAACGCUGAUACAGUCACUGCCCGAGUUAACUACUACACGGACUAUUGUGGACAACUCGGAGUUAACCCGGGCGAUAAUACGAGGUGCUAG